GUAUAUUAUUUGACGAUUGUAGUACAGUUUUCCCAGUCCGUUUUUCCUAAUCUAAUUUCUCCAAUUUUAAUAUUUACCAUAAAUAUAUUAUCCCAAUAUAUAUUUUUACAAAUUUAAUAUUUCCCAAAAAAAAACCUUAUCUUAUUUUUGUAAGCCAUUGGUGUGUAGUCAUGUCAUGUCAUUAAGAUAAUAUAGUCUAGACUAGUGGUACGCGUAUGUAAUCAUUUUUAUUGCUUGGUUAAUCGGAUAAAUGGUCAAAAGAAGAAGCAGCGAAUUCCAAAGUAUAUGAAGUUAUACUUUCAGAGGAACACAAAUUUGGAAUAAAUAUUGUAAGACUACAAUUUGUGAUGACAGAUUUUGAACAAUCAAUAAUAAAUGCAACGAAGAAAAUAAUUGGAGUUGAAAUACACGCUUGUUUAUUUCAUCUCUGCCAAAGUCUUUAUCGUCGUAUCCAAGCAGAAGGAUUACAAAGUCAGUAUAAUAAUCUAGAAAACUGUAGCAUAAAGAUCGCGGCACAGAUGACCGGUGCUUUAGCAUUUGUGCCGCCAGAAAAAGUAGUUGAAACGUUUGAUCAAUUACUAGAAAAAGUACCAGAUGACUAUAUGCCAAUUGCAGAAUAUUUUGAGAUAAAUUACAUUCGUGGGAGACAAGCUAAAGGUCGGAGAAAAGGAACCGAACCCAGAUUCCCUCCAAAAUUGUGGAACCGUACCAUACAGUACUACAACGAUUGGCGAGAACUAAUAAUUUAUCAGAAGGCUGGCAUAAUCGGUUCCAAGUGGUUGUCGGAUGACAACAUCUAAGCGUCUAUACAUUUUUCACUGAACUUGGUAAAGAACAAGCCGACACUGAGUGCAUGUUACGACAACUAAAUCUGGGACAAAAAAUAAGGAAGGGUCGUAAUAUGGUACGACUAAAAGUAGAGGAACGAAUACAUAAUAUUGUUUCAAAGUAUGACGAAUUUGUUAAUAACAAUGAUAUUAUUGCAUAU